UGUUCACACAGACUGUAAGCUGCUCGCUUAUAGAGGGCCUCUGAUCCUCUUUAUUUGGACGCCGACUUGCCUCUUGAUUUCUGUCCCAUUCCGGCCAGUGCCGGGCGUCAAGCUCUCACCAUGGCGAACCAAUACAACUUCAACGAGGAGAAGAUUCUGAUGGACAGUCACACCAAAGAGAUUGACCUGAUCAACCGGGACCCAAAGCAAAUCAAUGAGGAUGUCGUGAAGGUCGAGUUUGAGGAUGUGAUCGCUGAGCCCGAUGGCACACACAGCAUGGAUGGAGUGUGGAAAGCCAGCUACACCACAUUCACCAUCUCCAAGUACUGGUGUUACCGUAUUCUUUCUGCCGUCUUUGGCGUCCCCGUUGCACUGCUGUGGGGAUUCUGCUUCGCCUGCAUCUCGUUUUGCCACAUCUGGGCCGUCAUGCCCUGCAUCAAGAGCUACCUGAUCGAGACCCAGUGCCUAAGUCGGAUCUACUCUCUCUGCAUUCACACGUUCUGCGACCCCUUCUUCGAGGCUCUCGGAAAAAUAUUCAGCAGCAUACGGGUGGCGCUUCGCAAAGAGGUGUAGAGAUUGAAAGUAAAUGUGUUGUGUUCAUGAUGGCUGCCAAAAUAAAAAUUUGUUUUAUCUUUUGUCCAUGUAACACAGGUCAGACCUUGAUGGGAUUAAACCUUCUUUAUAUAAUCUUUUAUAAAAGUGGAGACUAGGUGGAUGUAAAUAAUAAUGACUAAAUGCUGAGCUGCACUGCUCACACCUAUGCAGUGAUUUUCUAGCUUUGUAGAAAGAAAGUUUGAGAAGUUCAGUUACUAAUGAUAUCUGACAACAGAGAGCAAAUCUUGUGUUUAUGUGAACAGACCUUUUUUUCUCUAUGUAACAGAUAUUAUUAUUGGGUAAAGUGGAUAAUCUAACAUUGUCUACAAAAUAAAUGAAAGAAUAUGAAAUUGUUCAUGGAAUGUCUGAUCUCAUGUACUUGUAUUAAACAUACUAUAUAUUAGUUGAAGCAGGAUUUGUUCUGAUUCAAGGAUUUGUCUUGAUGUAUCCCCAUGACCAUGCCAGCUAUGUACUGAUAUGUACUACACAUAAAAUAAAUGUUUUA